AAAACAUCUAAAAAAUGAUAGAUAAUGUUCUGAGAUCUGUAAGGUGUUUGUCUUUCUUUUGGUUAUAUUGUUAAUAAUGUUGAAACACGUUGAGGCCUGAAGAAGGCCUCAGUUGAAGCCGUUUAUUUCCUGAUCUCUUUGGUUUUUAGUGUUAGCAAGCUCCUAAACUCUGUAUGCUGCUUUUAAUGUCUUUCACUGGUGUUUUCUCAGCUACUUAACGAACCAGUAACUUCAUGUUGGGUAAUUUCAUACAGAAACGCGUAUAAGUGGAUUAUUUGUCACUUUAAAACCAAAACCAAAAGCAAACAAAUAUGGCACAUCCUCCUAUUGUAACGGCCACUACUAUGUUGUAUACCACAUUAUGUAUGUAUGUUGCCGCCCGUCCCCCAUUGUGCGCGCUGCGGAGGUGUGUGACGAGGAGAGAACAGGGUGGGAGCUCAGCUGCCGAAGCGUCACAAUUGGCGCCCGAACAUCUAAUUCUGGACUCGGAUCUCGUCAAAAUGUUCUAUUUGACGACCGACGACUCAUUUGGGGUUUAUUUCGGCGGAACUCUUCAAUUUUUGUCUUUUCAUGGACUUUACUCGAAGUUUUCUGGAAGUUUCAUUCGACGCCACAUGGUAUAGCGGAUGAAUCGCCCCUGUCUGUGGCUGGUGGUCGCUCAGCUGCCAGCGUUUUGUCUUCGUGUGUCGUUGAGCGCGUCCGUGUGAUCGGUCGUCUGAUGAGGAACAGGAGUAGCCUACAUCACACAGCUAAGUUUUUUACCAUGGAGAUCCUCUUCCUUCUGUUCUGUGUACAAAUCUUUGUUGGCACUGGUUUCACAUAUACAGUUCCAUCUGAUAUACCAGCUGCUGUUCUCCAGGACCAGGACUUCGAGAUGGAAACCCGUGAGUUUUCUGAGAUGCAGAUCAACACGACUUGUGAAGCCCUUUCCACUGGCAGUAAAUACAACUACUCUGCUCCAAACCCAGAUUUUCUACAGCAGAAGGACUGUGAGCUCUCCUGGAAAGAACCGGACGGCACAGUGCUCAAGUAUGGGGGCGUUCUCAUUCUUGAGACCUGUGAGGAUGGGAUUCGCCUCUUCACACAUUGUCUAGAUCCAAAAGUGAAGGUGGAAUGUGUCUUUAACAUAAUCAAGAGCACCACAUCAGCCCCUCCUUAUGAAUCUCCUGUGGCACGAAUAGGUUCCAUCGUCACUGGCAUUGUAUUUCUGAUCUUGCUUGUGGCUGUGGUCCUGUUUCUAAUCUGGCGCUUCAAGUAAGGUAAAUCUGCAUCCCACUCACAGCUAACUGAGGGACUUUAAUCUGAUGUCCGAUGUUAACAGAUGCUUUUAUUUGGUGAUUUACAAAUGAUUGUGUUCUUCACUGUGGUUGUGGUGAUAGAGGCUGGUGGAGAUUGGCACAUGGGUGUAUAUUUAGAAGAGCAGAGAAUAAAGGGUGAAUAAAACUCAAACUGCAGGAAACACACACUGAAGCAGCUUUCACACAUGUGCUUUAUUUUGUUAUUUACAAAAUAUUUGGAUCUGGAACUGCAGCUCUUUUACAAAUAUUGCUUAACAUUGUAUCUACAGCAUGUCCCAGACGUCGAGGACGCGAACACACCAACUGACACGUUUUUGCUCAAAAUUAUGUUUGUUAGUGAUCAAUUUAAAAUUCAGAUCAAUUUAAAUUUAAAAGCUAAAAGUUUCUGAGAGCUGCUGUUCUGUUCUGAACAUAAAUAAAUAUAACCUUAUUUAUUAAAAUGUUUUUAUUGCUGGUUUAUUUUCUAUACUUCGAACAAGAAAUGAAUUAAUCUGCAUUUCUUAAUGACUGAAAUUCUUUGAAAUACCUUGAGAUAAUCUAAUGAAAUGAUGGUGUGUGUGUUCCGGUGAAGAUGAACGGCUGUGGAAACAAUAGGGUGAAGGACGGAGAAGCUCAACCUGCUGAAUAUGACAGUGCUACAGCGGAUUAUCUUCCAGACCUCUCCACCCUCCAUUGAGGGUUAGAUUCUGUUACUCUGUCCUGCCUGCACUUCUCUUUUCUCAUUACAUUUUUCUGCACUUCCAUGACACUUUUCCAUGUUUUAUUUUUAAAACAACUUUAUAAUGAAAAAAAAAACUUAAACAAGGCCUUGGAAAACCUUGGGAUACUUUUAUACUUGAAACUGACAUUGUCUUUUCUUCUCCCGAGUGAAGGCAAAUCAGCAUGGCAGAUGCAGUGGCACUGGACAUGGAAAUAUUAGCAUUAUUCAGAUUAGUUUUAAACUUUUUAGCUGCUUUUAGUGUUUUAAUAAUCUCAGUUCUGCAUGCUCACCUCACUGCUGCAAUGUUGCACAGUGUCCACAAAAAAUCUGAACUGGACCAAAAACCUGAAAUGCAGGUCAUAGUUUUAUUAGAAAGCAUCAUUAAUAUAUAUGAGGAGGAGAUGAACUUUUUCAGGCCCAAUGAAGUAUAUUUAUUCUGUACCCACAUUUUAUUGUUUUUGUUUUUCAUCUCUCCAAUAAAAAUGUACGAAUAAAAGCACCUUUCUUAUUGCCUUUUUUUUAUAUAGAUAAGCUGAUACUGGGAAAUUCUGUGAAACCUGGAUGAAAGUGAAGUGUUUAUCUUGUUUUAUCCCACAGUGCUGUUGGAUUCUGAUUGGUCAGGAGGUGAUUAUUAAUUUUCUGUAACAGCAGUACAGCUACAAAUCAGUUAUUCUUUUAACUUGAUUGACUCCGUAAAGAGAGAGAGGUGUGUUGUGCUUCAUUUUUUUUGUAUAGACCCAUAUGAAAAAAUACAAUAUGCUGUUAUGCAUCUAAUAAACUGAGUUAUGUAACAGAUAA